UGUGCUACAGCCAGAAAUCAAGGUAUGAGAGAAAGGAGAGAGGAGCUGCACAGUGAAGCCCGGCGCCUCGCUGUCAGUGAUGAAGUUUGCUGCUCGGUUCCAGCGCCUCGGUCCGCAGAAGCAUUUUUCUACUUGACGACGUCAGCCGACGUUCCUCCUCCUCCGAAGGGUCCUGACUCCAUCCAUCCACCAGCAACAUGAGCGACGACCAGCAGGGACGCGCCGCCCCACCGGCCCCCAACGUCAAGCCCAAGCUCGGCCUGACGGAGAAGAAGGAGAAGCCCCCCAAGGAGAGGAGGUCGAGGAGCACCAACUCCGAGCGGGAGGACGGGGGCCGGGGCCGGGAGCGGGACCGGCACCGGGGGGACAGGAGCCGGCGGCGGGGCAGGAGCGAGGAGGCCCGGGGGCGAGGCGGGGGAGACGGCGCCAGGGGGGCGGUGAGGCCCCCCGAGGACGAGGUGCGGGACACCGAGUGCGCCGUGUGCUUCUGCUCGUACGACAACGUCUUCCGGACCCCCAAGCUGCUGGCCUGCGGCCACACCUUCUGCCUGGAGUGCCUGGCUCGCAUCAACGUGACCGCCCCCCACCUCAAGACGCUGAGCUGCCCGGUGUGCCGCGAGCCCACCAAGCUGCCCCACGGCCGCGACCUGCCGCGCCUCGGCACCAACAAGGACGUGAUCGGCAGGCUGCCCCCGGGCAUGCGCCGCGCGCUGUCCAUCCGCUUCCAGCGCCGCAAGGGGAGGCUGCAGCUGAAGAACCCCUGCCCCGCGCUGCCCAGGAAGGGCCGGGGAGGCACGGCCCCGGCGGGGGGGGGCGGCAACCUGGGUGCCCUGGAGCUGGGGGUGGGGGCGGAGGCCCCCGCCACGGUGGUGGACGUGGGCAGGCCUCCCAACCGGGUCAGAGGUCGCAUGCGCAGGCUGUUCCGCUCGGACCAGUGCUACUACGCCGUGGUGGCGUCCGUCAUCACCUUCACCGUGGUGCUCAUGCUGGUGGGGGUUCUGGCCUUCGUCAUCAUCCCCAACAUGCCCUUCAACCAGAGGCCCGGGCCGGGGGGGAACCAGACGUCAGACCGCCCCCCGGGGUGAGCUCACUGUGGUUCAGAGGACGCACGGCUGUGAAAGACAGAACUAUUUAUGUGUGAAGGAAACCCAACGAUUGAUCAGCUGUAAAUGAUUCUGCCUCCUUGUACAUACAUGAUUUACAUAUUUGUAUAUAGUAUAUAUCUUAUCUCGCCUCAUUUGUCUCAUUAACACAAUGCUUAGAGGCUCUGGAGGCCCAUUGGUCCGUACUUCAAAAACACAAGACAGACUUCCUGUCCAUUUGUCCUCUAUUGAGUGAAAACAGAACCGGCAUGUCUUCUGGCACCUGAUACCCUCAGGUGGUGUAAACAGACAGUAGAGGAGGGGGGGGGGUGAAUCUGGAAUUUCCACCCAGCCACACCUCUGUGCUGCUCGGCUGACCUGUUUGACGACAUCAUGAAAACAUGAACGACCACAACAAGAGUCACAUGAUUCUUCAGCUCGUUUUAAAAACAAAUGUGGAAUUCAAUGUGCCUCGUUUAACAUUUAAAAACAAAUUUAUUCACUUGUUUAUCACUUUGCAAAUCAAGCUCCAUACAGAGUUGUCUUUGUAUUGUACAAGUUCUCUGUUGCUGAAAUAAACCCGACUCAAGAGGAACUUCUGAGUAAACAAAACAUGCCGCCAUCACUAUUUUUAUAUUUGGGUUACAAAUCCUAAAAAGUGCCAAAUCUGGAAGGUUAUUAGUUAUAAGUAAGUUAAGUUACGCAGUUAAUAUGUUGAAUUGCACAUGAGAUGAGAUAGAGACUUUUUCCCACCUGAGACCCCCCCCCCCC